CCAGUUUAUCUUUUCUGUCAUUGAGUUAUUUGGAUUGUGGAAAAGUACUGGGGUCUAUAUUAAUUAUUUCCACAUUAUAUGUGACCUUUACUAUCUGCGUUGAAGUUUUUUAUUUUUUAAAGUUAUCAUGAACUAUGUUUGUUCGAGUAUAAAUUUAUGUACUAGGAUAUGGAAAAGUUGGAUUGCCUUCACGCACCUCUCUUUUAGUUCGCUAAAAUUACAGCGGCUUAUAUUUUUCCGCACUUCGAAGCCUGCUGCUGGAGACUGCUAUGAGAUGAAAGAACUGACGGCGAGAAUUUGCAGGGAUUACCUUCAAGGGGCCUGGAAGAAGGUCAAUGCCAAAAACAUUGGUUUCAAGCAUAUCAGCGGAGGGCUCUCCAACCAUCUGUUCCACGUCUCUCUCCCGGACUCUCUAAAGACGGCUGAUGCCAACGUCGAGCAAGAACCCAAAGACGUACUGAUCCGUGUCUAUGGACAAACCCACGGAGAAGGCGCUUUGGAGGCCCUCAUCACCGAAUCAGUAAUCUUCACCUUACUCUCCGAACGUAAUCUAGGACCAAAAUUGCACGGGAUUUUCCCCGGAGGAAGAAUCGAAGAGUACAUCGAUGCCAGGCCUCUUUUAACUAAAGAGUUGUCAGACGAACGGCUGUCGGUAUCAAUUGCCAAAAAAAUGGCAGCUAUUCAUUCGAUGGAGGUACCUCUACACAAAGCGCCCGAAUGGCUUUGGAACACUCUCGAUAGAUGGUUGAACAGUUUAAAGAACAUGCAACUGACCAACAUGCCGGAAAGCACCAAACACAUCCUGGAAAAGGUCAAUUUCGGGUCGGAAAUCGAGUGGUUGAGAACCAGAUUGGAAGGUGAGAACAGUCCUGUUGUUUUUUGCCACAACGACAUGCAAGUAGGAAAUAUAUUGUUGCCCAGAGAUGCUGAGUUAGAAAAUAAUAAUGACGAAGAACCAAAACUCGUAAUAAUAGACUUCGAAUACUGCUCCUACAACUACAGAUCUUUCGACAUCGCGAAUCACUUCCUAGAAUGGGUCUACGACUACACUCACAAAGAAUAUCCCUUCUACAGCGAGGAUCACAGCAAAUAUCCCACGGAAAAACAAAGACUAGCCUUCAUUAGAGCCUAUUUGCGUGAAAGGGGUUCACGAGAGAACCCGAAAAAGAUCCUUAGAGAAGUGGAAGUCUUCACCCUGGCACCGCAUCUCUUCUGGAGUGUGUGGGCUUUAAUUAACGCGGAAACUUCAAGUAUUCCUUUCGGAUAUUGGGAAUUCGCUAACACCAGACUGAACAGCUAUUUCCAGCUCAAACAGAAACUUAGCAGCCAGCAGUUAAAGAGGAAGAUGGAUGAACUAAUAGUGUAACCUUAAGAAACACCAUCAAGAAGCUUUCGAAAAAAUUUUUUCUUUGGCUUCGUCCGAGGAAGAAAUUCUCAAAACAUGACUGUGAAUUUGUGAAGAAAGAAGCAGAGGCGGAUAUAGACAAAUUUCAAAAGGGGAAAUUAAAUAAUCGUCAUCUUAGGUCCUCUUAGAUUAGAUUCCAGUCAAAUCACAUCAAUCAAAGCCUUAAACGAAUAUUCUAAACCGGACAAACGUAUAAGCUAAACAACAGUAGUAAAAUACUUUCUGCCUACAGAAAUGUGUACAGGGUAAACGAAUAUCUAGAUAAAUGUAACGAAGGGAGGGAGUUGUAGGUCCCCUUCUCCUGCCCCUGUAUCCGCCGCUGAUAAGAAGUCACAUAUUGUGAUAUUUUUGUGGAUACAUUAAUAAUCUCUAAUAGUAUUAUAUUAUUAACAUAAAUAAAAUGCAUAUUCUCCCACCACCACUUACGAAUCAUGCACCUGCAAUAAUCUGCAUAUAAACUAAGCAUUAGGAAAAAUGCCAAAAAUGUGUAAUUUUAAUAUUUGUCAAUUGGUCUUUCCAAUUUUAUAGUAAAAAAUAACGUCGAGUUUAAAUUUUGUGUUUUUAUUUGUUAUUGUAUCAAUAAACAAAAAAAAAAACAAAAUAUUGUUUAGAGUAUGUCAUAUCAUACUUAGAUCCGAGUACUGGUAUAGAAUAGAUAGUAAUAUCAAUAAGUUAUCAUCAUGCAUUGUGGCAACACUGUAGCGUUGUAAUUUUGUGUGCAAGUAAAGUAAAACCAUUCACGAAUAAAAUAUUUACAGUAUAUAAUUGAUAUAUUUGGAAUCUUUUUGUGUAUUAAUGAUCCAUUAGAAACAGUUCUCAAUUCAACUAGAAAAAAUGCAAAUAACAAUAUAUUGACAUCAUUUUUAGAUUCUGAGAAUUGAUUAUUUUAUGUUCGUAACUUCUAACCAUAUUUUGUUUUUUUUUCUUUCAUUUUAGUCAUAUUGCGACUUAACUCAAUCGAAUUGAAGUAUUAUAAUUAAAAAACAAUUAGUUACCAAAUAUUAACUUAAUUCUAAUGAAUAUUAGUUUAUCAUUAAUGAGGUUGGAAUGUUUCAUUGCUAAUUAGUAUUCCACUUUUACUGCCAAAAAUAUUCAAAUUUUUAUGUGAUCUAAUUAUUUUUGACAAAAAUAACAAACUUAUUGACUUUAAAUAGUCGGUUUUUAUUAAAUUUAUGUUCAGUAUUGUGUUAUUGUACUAUUUUCGUCAGUCAAAGAUUAGGUUAACCAAAAUCUUUUUUUUCUUUAAUAUAUUCGGUUUUUAACUUUUUCUUUCUACCAAAAUCUAAUAUUAAGUGGUAUUUACAAUGAUUUUUUCCACAACCAAUUUCUGCUAAAGGUCUUUUACUGUAUCCUUUAAGAUGGAGUUCCUCAGUUAUCCUUACUUGCUCUUCAUUGAUAUCUACAGUGCAAAUCCAUAUGUUUGUGCUUUAGAAGAUUUAGACUUAAAAUUUCAUUACAUAUCAAGUUCAUUUCUCGAAUGUUAUGAUGUAAAUUGUUUAUCUAACUAUAAAAUACUAUUUUACAUGUGUAAUGUAAUAAACUAAUCAGUAGUAGUCUCAAAAGCACUUUAUUCUUUGCCUAUUAAAUAUACCUCAUCAUCAUCAUCUUGGUGCUACAGCCCUUAGAGUUCCGCGACCUUCUCAAGCUUUCUACGCCAUUCUGUUCUGUCCCUUGCUUGCAUUUUCCAGUUGCCGACUCCGAUCUUCUCCGCAUCUUGUGUUACCCCAUCCAUCCACCUCAGCUUUGGUCUACCCAGUCUUCUCAUUCCCACGGGUUGCGCUGUUAGAAUCUUUUUUAUCAUGUUCGAUUGAGGGGCCCGGGCUACAUGUCCUGCCCACUGUAGGCGGUUUCGCUCAAUUAUAGUGGUAAUAUCUUUACCACCAAACGUAUGCUUGUAGAAUUAAAUAUACCUAUUAAUCCCUUUUACUCUGAUAUAGAUUUUUGACUUAUUUUGUGACAUGGUAAUCACCUUUUACAGAUUUUGUGUUAACCUAAAUAAUAUUGAAAAUAUUAAAGAUAGUCGUACUGUGUUCAAUUUUUAUUUGAAUAUUUGAUUUAACUACACCUUUUUGGCAAGUUUAAAUCAAAGAAAAAGCCUCAUGAUAAUCUAGUACCGAGUUAUUUUUUUAGUUCAGUACUUGACGUAUAGAGCAUGUUCCAUUUUGGAGUCGAUAAUGUUUUUUAUACCUUUUUGUUAUGUAUUUAAUAGUAUUUUUUAGUUUUUAACUUUUGUAGAUCUUGAAGAAAUGUGCUUAUAUAUUCGAGACUGAUUUUAGUAAGUUAGUAGUGGACGAGUUCUGAUUUCCAGUUAGUAAAAAAUGAUUUUUAAUAUUGUACAGUUAUUGUAAAUAAACAGGGAAAUCUGAACGCAUCGACUAUGAUGUCUGGAUUAUAAUUGCAUUUUUAUACAUGUUUCAAAUGUAUUAAUGUUGUAAAAAUGAAUCCUAUUUAUAAUUUAUUUUCAAAAUAAAGCUUGGGGC